AUGCGAGCCCGAAACUUCUAUCAUCAUUUCCGUGCUCGAUUUUUACCCUUUUAUAGACAUGGAGCUCAACAGGCCAGAGAAAUGACAGGGCGCGUUCACCAGCCAGUUAGAAACUCCAACAAAGAACUUUCCCAGUAUACAUCUGGAAGGUGGAUAUAUAAUGAACAUAUACGGUUGGCGGAACGAUACCUCGAGUUCGAUUUACCUGCCCUCAAGACCGCGAUUGCCGCUGCAUCUGGUCGUUCCACGUCUGAUAUUGUUUCCUUUGUCAAGUUAUCUGAAGGCGGUUUCAACCGCGUGUUACAGGCGACAUUCAAAGAUGGGGAGUGUAUUAUCGCUAGACUUCCGUACCCUUCCACGGCACCUGAGCACUACACAGUCGCCAGCGAGGUUGCCACUUUGGACUAUCUCCGACUGCAGGGGAUCCCUACUCCUAAGGUGUACGAUUGGUGCUCAACACGAGCGAACCCUGUUGGCGCCGAAUACAUCAUCAUGGAAAAGUUGGACGGUACCCCUCUCGGCGAUAUAUGGUAUACAGUGACACCAAAAGAGCAACACAGCAUUAUGAAGCAAAUUAUUGAGUGGGAGGCACGACUAAUGUCGCUGAAAUUCCCUGCAUCUGGCAGUAUUUACUAUCAGAAAGAUAUCCCAUUCGAGAGAACAAUUCCAUUGCUAGUUCAUAACAAUCGUGAGUUCUGUAUAGGACCAAUCGCACAUUAUAGUUGGUGGCACGAUGAAAGAGCUACGCUUAAUAUUAAUAGGGGACCUUGGGCAACUUCAGGCGAUAUUUUUCGCGCAGUCGGUGAGCGGGAAUUGAACUGGACUAAAACCUAUGCAAAACCUCGCCUUCCUUAUGAGCGCCUCUAUAGGGAAAUCCAUCAUUUUCGCCAGGUUUCACCUGAUAAUCACAUCAGGGAUCUCUCUGAUUACCUGACAUUGGUGCCCUGCCUUGGGUUCAAAGCUGAAAGACCACUAAAUAGACCAGUUAUCCGGCACCCUGAUUUCCAACCAAACAAUAUUCUCGUGUCAGAAGCAAAUAAAAUCAUUGGAUUAAUUGAUUGGCAACAUUGCUCUAUCCUUCCUCUUGGCCUUGCAGCUGGGAUACCAAAACAUUUCCAGAACUAUGGUGACCCCGAUUCGGAAAAGCUUAUAGAACCUACAAUUGAUCUCCCACCAAAUUAUGACUCUCUACCCCAGUCUGAGCAAGUCUCAUUGCGAGAGACUAUUCGAAAAAGGCUGGUUCAUUUCCUUUAUGCUGCUUUCACCAGCCGGUUGAAUGAAGAGCAUUAUGAUGCAAUAUUUAACCAGUCUGCUAUAUUGCAUCAACGUCUUUUCAAAAGUGCGGGUACUCCUUGGGAAGGCGACUCCGCUACUCUACGGGCUGACAUGAUUCGUGCUAUACAAGACUGGUCAAAUUUGAUCUCGACAGACUCUGUAGCGCAGGGGAAAAGAACGUGCAACGUGCCUCCUCUCAAGUACUCGGACGCAAUUGCCCAUGAUACUCUUGAAUUGGAUGCGCGCCAGAAAGAAGCUGAUAUCGCGAUGGAACAAAUGCGAAAUGUUUUAGGUGUUGACAUAUUGGGCUGGGUGCCAAAUGAUGAGUAUGAAGCUACGAAAGCCAUGGCACGUGAAAUCAAGGCCAAAAUGCUCGAAGCAGCUGAGACAGAUGACGAUGUAACUGGAGUACAAAAUCACUUCCCUUUUGAUGACUUUGAUGAGAACUCCUGA